AAGAAGGUCCAUCCAUCCAUCUUCUCUCUCUUUCUCUCACAACUCAUAAUCAAAGAAAAGCAGAUCCAAGGUGGUUGUUAAGCUGUCAUUCUAUCAAUCAAUCAAUCAAUCCCACCGAAGAGAGAUAACAUUGAUCAAUCAAUUUUAAAAGAGAAAACAAAGGGGAAUCAAAGAAGAUGUCAUCGUCUUCCACCUUGUCUUUGGACCACCUUCCUCCCUCCGAGCAGCUCUGUUAUGUCCAUUGCAACAUCUGCGACACUGUCCUUGCGGUUAGUGUCCCUUGCACAAGUUUGUUCAAGACUGUAACGGUUCGAUGUGGUCACUGCACCAAUCUUUUGCCAGUGAACAUGCGUGGGCUACUUUUUCCAUCCACUAAUCAAUUUCAUUUGGCUCACAGUUUCUACACUCCUUCACAAAAUCUUUUGGAAGAGAUCUCAAAUACAUGUCCAAAUUUGAUGCUCAAUCAAGCUAAUACGAGUGACAUCACCUUACCCACUCGUGGAGUUGCUGCUGCUGACCUUCCAAGGCCUCCAUUUACAAACAGACCUCCGGAGAAACGACAGAGAGUCCCCUCUGCGUACAACCGAUUCAUCAAGGAGGAGAUCCAACGCAUCAAGGCAGGAAACCCCGAUAUAACUCACAGAGAAGCCUUCAGUGCAGCUGCAAAGAACUGGGCUCACUUCCCACAUAUUCACUUUGGCCUCAUGCCUGAUCUGCCUGCCAAGAAGGCUAACGUGAGCCAGCAGGAGGGCGAGGGAGUUCAUUUGAAAGAUGGGUUUUUCUGCUUCAGCUAAAGCACCGUGCUUAGCUAUGGAGGCUGCUGCUAUUAGGCCUCUCAGUGCAGCUUAUGACUAGUUG